AUGAGUUGUAUUUUGAGUGUUAAAAAUAUGUGGGCAUUACAGAAUUAUUCAACAAAGGAGGCUCUUAGUUCUAUAGAGAACGGAUCCGGGUCUGCAUAUUUUGUUCCAUCUGGUUAUGUUCCCGUUCUUAUUCCUUAUUCUGAGGCGAAUUUUCAGGGUUUAAAUAUUGGCCUUAAUUUUGGUAUUCCUGUAUGUGAGGAGAUUAGUCGAUGCAAGGUCCCACGAUACAUUUACAAGUCAAUGAAAGAAGUGAAGGAUGCCGGUACACGUAAACGAACUCCGAGACCUGCUAAUGCGUUUAUUCUUUACCGGCGGGAUAAGCAGGCAAAGAUCUUGGAGUCUCUACCCGGUACAAGCAAUGCAGAGGUUUCUAGGCUUGUUGGUGCUAUGUGGAAGAAUGAAAAGGUUGAAGUAAAGGUUCAGUACUUUCAAAAGGCUGAGUUACUGAAGGUUCAGCAUAAGCGUCUGUAUCCUGACUACAAAUAUCAACCUCAAAGAAAUAAGAAGAAAUAUAGAAAUAAUAUUACGAACGAAUUUUAA